CCUGGAACCUCAGGACAACGAAUCCGAAGCGCUGUCCACCCAGGAGGGAGUCUACCCCCUCUUCAUUUUCGAACAAAUCAUUACAGUACUCUAUGGAUUAAUUAGGUGUAUAACAAAGUAAGUCAAACUUACAUUUUAGUCAUAAAGUGAGUGACAAAAGUGAGGUUUAUUUAAAUAUUCUCUUUAAAGUAUUCUCCUGUUGGAGUGUCUGGAUGUUGUUAUUGUUAUUUUGUAUUACUUGUUGGUGUUAUUACUGUUUGUUGUUAUUUCUUGUUGUUCUUAUAUGUGUUAUUAUUAUUAUUUGUUUGUUAGUUUUAUUGUUAUUACUUGUUAUUGUUACUGUCAAAUAUAAAUAAUUAAGUUUGGCGGUUUGGUGAGUGACCUUUUGUUCGUUCGUUGUUUACAUGAAACAGCUGAUGGUGGGACAGUGUUGUGGAUGCUGUGGUCAGGAUGGCGUCCUCUUCCUCCUCUGGCGAUCAUGCUCCGUCUUUAUUUAAAGUGAAUUCUAAUAGUAAUGGUUACACAAGUAACAGUAAUCUUAGAGUGGAGAGAUGUCCUUUGUGCAACCAGAAAACGAAAGCAUUUUAUUGCAAGGAGUGCGUGAGAAAUGGAAACUUUUUUCAUUCUCGGAUGAGGCUGCCUGUAAGGUACGCAGAGCAGAAGGUGCGUUACUUAGAGCUACGACGAAACCUACAGGUGAAAGAGAAGGAGGUGGAGCGGUUAUAUCAGGAAAAGACCCAACACUUGCUGCUGAAAGCGAAGAUAGAAGAGGUAAAGGAUCGGGUGGAAUUACUGCGUCUAGUUAUCGAUGCCACCAAAAACAACACAACUGAAGUUAAGACACAGAAUGCAGAGGUAUUUAACAUCAAUGCAGCACGGAAUAAGCAGCUGCCACUCUUCCUACAAAGGCUCUCUAAGGUGAAACAAAUUUUACAUCAGUACCAGGAAAAGAUUCGAGACAAGAAAGAACAACUGGCCAUCUGUGAGGCUCAGCUGAAGGGUGUUAUUCGAGGGAACAUACGUCAGCUUACUCGCUAUAUUUUUCCCAUCACAGAAGUGAAGCCAGCCAGAAGUAUGGAUACAGACCCUUGCAGUAUAGAUACAGUUUCUGCAAUUGCAGAAGCUUCACAGACUACAUAUGUACGUGGCAGAUGGAUUCACUUGGGUACAUCUCAUGAAACACAAUACCAAAUCGUCCAUCCCUUGUUACCUGGAUCAGGAGACUAUUCAGCAUAUAAUUUGUUGUGCCAUGCCAAGAGAGAAUUAGAUGCUAGAAUUCCCUGGAUUUUAAUUCCAAAUCAUAUCGACUAUCAGCUGGUACAUUCAGGCAUGAACAUGGGAAGUGAAGUUGAAGACAUUGAUGUAGAGGAGCAGGCCGGAGGCUUUCAUGUGUCUGCUGGGCUUACUUACCUCACUCAAUUCGUCAACACGUUGGCAUUUUACCUAGAUGUAACUUUACCAAAGAAAUUAUGUUAUAGUGAAUUUUGCAGAAAUGAGUUGAGUGAGCAACAGUUUGCAAGACGAGUAACAAGAUUAAAUACAAAUGUGUUGUAUCUGUGUUUGUCCCAAAAUGUGCCGGCUACGCUCCUGCGGCCAACUCACACAGUCUCAAACCUCCUAGCUCUCCUGAAUACACAAGUGGCUGAUCUAGGACGACAAGGUAGUUUUGAGAUUGACGAGUCUCUGAUAGAAAGUAUGGAAGAAGGAAUGGAGGAGGAACGUGCAGAAGGGUCUGACUCUGAAGAUGACACCGACACACUGUCUGCCGAGUGGGAAACAGUACCAAACAUUCCCCUUCUAGAGCCUCCAUCUAUACCCCAUCAGGCUUUUUCUACUUUUAAUUCAACAGCCAUUUACUCUCAGACAGGAAUGGGUCAGAUUGGGCAAGGAGGCAUGGGCAUGGGUGCCCUAGGUAUGGGAGCAGGUGGUAUUGUCUCCUCGGCAGCUGCAUCGGUGAUGUCACUCUUUAGAGGAUUUGCUGGAACUCAACAAAAAUAAACAUUUAUAGGGAAGUAUGUACUGUGUUGAUAAUUUUAGUUUGAUUUUCUUUCAUGGGUUGACAAAAGAUCUUGUUUUAUCACCCAGUGUUAAUGGUUUUAUCUUGCGUUCAUGUUUCUGCAUUCUAGCACAAUAGGUUCAGGUCAUUUAAUGGUUGUAGCUAUGAGGGAACCCAGAAGUCUUUGUAUUUUUAUUAGAACAUAACAAAGGAAAAUUUUGCAAAUGUUCCUGCACCAAUUAUUGAUUGACCUUGAAACACAUCAAUAAUGUUUAAAUAAUUUCAUUCAAUGAGCUUGCUCCCUGAAGCACAAAUUAGUCAUUUCCCAUUUGCUACACUGAAGUUCAGUGUGUACUGGGUUCUGAGAAUGUUUGGUUUUGAAAAUACAGUAUGUAAUUCCAGUAUUUGACUCAAUUUAUAUGCUGUACAUGUAAAAUUGAAAUUGUAAACAUAUAAGAAAAGUAAUUUGCUUUUGAUUUUGAAUUAUGUAGUAGUGCAUAGAAUCCUGAAAAAAUUAUUUUAUAUACAGCUAAAAGUUUUGGAUCAAAGCUUUAAGAAAUGUUUAAGCAUAUCAGAGAUGCCUUUUACUUAGCAUUAAAAUAACAAAGAUUGUAAUUUAAUUAUCGCCAUAUUGCAACAGUGUAUAAAUGAUGGAACUGUUAUGCGCAGGUCCUUGACAAAGUGCUUUAUAGUACAAUUUCAAAUAAACAUAAUCAUGUUCUAUAUUUGUUAUGCCUCUUCUUUUUCUAUGUAACUUGAGGGGUGGUCAUCCAUACAAUCUUCCUUUGAUCUUCUCUUUGAUCUUUGUUAUAAGUCUUUAACAAUUAUUGGAACAUUUGUUAAGAUAUUCUGUCUCCUGGUUAGACUUCAUUUGUAAUUUAGAUUAAGCAAUUAAUCUGAGAUACAUUUAAGCACUUUAGUUAUAGAUAAUGUCAUCUACUUGAAGGAAUUUUUAUAUAACCGCUUUGUAUGUUCAAAAGUUUAGUAUGACUUUUGUAAUUUUAUGUGCAGAAUGAGUUGUUAAGCUCUUCAUACGUUUCUGGGUUUUAUUGAAAUCCUAAUAUAUAAUUUCCUUAAUUCUUGUAUCCUUAGUGGCAUAACAGGUAUGAUAUACACUAUGUUAUGAUUGAAUUUAAAUAAAGAAACUCAGUCGCACACACAUGCAUAGGAAUAUACAGUAUAUACGUACAUACACUGCACUGUAAUGCACCGUGAAUAGAUUUAUGGACUCGAAAGAAUGGCUGAAGGAAUGAUAUCCACAUUCAUGAUAACUAAAAGAUAUUGCUUCUUGAAGUCCUGAACAUGCAAAGUACGGAAUAAAAAUUAUAGAGAAGACAAUAGGAAAUACUUCAUUAUAAAUAGUGACAAGUUGUUGUUAUGACUUUCAUGAAGAAGCAAUAUAUACCAAAACCACUGUAAAUAGUUCAAGAUAAUCAUAAAUUAUAUUCAGAAGGUAGCCCAAUACAAGCAUGACUUCUGCACAUUCAAGAUCAUAAAUAGAUGAUUGAGAACAUUUCAGUCAACAGCUUUUAAAAUAGAUACAAUGGAGUUACAGGAAAUUGUGAGUAAAUAGUGUUGCACCAGUUACUAAAAAUGAAGAGGGCAAAAGUAUCUAAAACCUGUGCCAGCAUUAAAAUUACAUCAUAGUGAUAUCACACACCUUGUCCACAUUAUGUAUAAAAUACAAAAUUUUAUUUUUGUAUUAGAUUGGGUUGCAUUAAGUUUGUUAAAUUAGUAAUUAGCAAUGAUGUAGACAACUCAAACUUUUCUCAGGUCUUAAACUCUAUUCAAAGAGGCAGACUUGAGAAAUAUUCUCUGCUGUAUCUGCAAGUGCAUACAGGUAAGAAUAUACAUUCAUGUGCACACCCACCUAACUUCAGAUAAUUAUUUAACACUUAAGGAUUAAAGACCAGACUUAAUCCAGGGCUAAUUCACUUGGGAAGUCAACCAAGUUUGAUAGGUCCAUUCUUACCUAAACUGUUGCAGGUACAUAACAAAAUUCAAGAAAUUGCCAUUAUUUCAUUUUUGUUGUGUAUAUACUGUACAGUAUAUCAAAGAUAUUUUCUGAGAAGGUCCCUGCUCAGCAGCUCCUUGUUGCUUAUGCACUGGUAUAUGGAAGUCUUAAGAAGAACACCAGGCCUCAGACCCAUGAAGUUGGAAUCAGAAGUUGGCUCUAUAAGAUGAGCAGAGCUGGGGAUCAGAGAUCUACUCAAAACUGAGAAAACCACCCAGAAAGUUUAGGCAAACCAAAACAAUCUAUUGCUUGAAAGGAAGAAAUGAACAGUGAGGAGAACAAGGCUGCCACUUGGUGCAGCAGGCAAAUAACUAAUAACUCUUUAACAAAUGACAGACCAGGUCAUAGGCUGGGGGGUAGGGGGGGGGACUUGCAUGCCAUGCAUCUUACUCGCCUCUGACUGUUUCUUAGAUAAUCUAUCUCGCAAAUCUGAAAAUAAAGAAAGUGACGAUGUUUUGGUCCUUCUUGAACCAUUUAUUUUCAGAUUUGUGGAUUUUGUCUCAAAUUUUCAGCCACAUUGUGAUUUAUUGUUCUCACUUUCUUUAUCCUGUUAAGUGGCAUAUGUUUUUCUGAAACUUUGUUUUGGUGCAGGGCCAUUGCUUUGUGUUUUCAGCUGCUCUUCACAGUUAUAUUUAAUACCAUGUUUAUAAGGUUCUAGUUCGUCUUCUAUGAGUCUGCUCUUUUCUAGUCACUUCGUUGCCGAGUAGUGUUCAUCACUGAGGUCUAUUAAUAAGGAGUUAAUGUAGUUUACUUUUGUGUGUGUGUGAAGUGUUUGCCCCUAAUUUUUGCAAAGGCACAAGGACCUAAUUUUAUGGCCUUGUGCCUUUGCCAGAUGUGCACUUGAAUCAUGUUAAAUGAUUCUUACUAAUCUGUGGCUUCUUUUGCCUUCCUUCAUCAAGUAUUGGUGAAGGAUAGGUGUACAACGUGCCAACAACACUUCUCUUGUGCCUGACGCAUUUGCCAUUUAAUUUAACUAUGAGAACUAUUACCCAUGGCUUCCAGAAGGUCUGUUUACCUCAUAUACUCUGUUGAUUGGGACAAAUGGAUUCCCCAACCUUUUCAGAGUAGAACUGCUUGCAGCUUUCAACGUUGUGAUUUGUGUUUUUUUAAUACAUAUGGUCCUUCUUGUUUCGUCAUUUUGCCUGUUGGGUACAGAAGUUAUUUCACCUCUUGGUGUGUGACAUUUGUCAGUGUUGGACUUCUGUGCUGGAUGAACCACCACCUCAGGCAGUGGCCUGUCAGGCCGUGGCUUCCUUGUAAACUGUGUUUUUCAGUACAAACCGUGACAGCCCCUGGCUGCCAUUGAUGUGGAUGAUGCAGACCCUUCACUCUUCUUUGAGGAGGAUUAUGAGUGGCUGAUAUUGAACACUUGCACUAAAUUCCAGCCCUCCUCCUCAUCACUCUUGCUCGAUUAUUUGGCUAGCUGAUGCAGCUGGCCUUUGUGCAGUCAACUUCUAAAUGACCUCAGCUCGAGGACUUGUAGGCGCUGAUGGCUUCAGCAUCUGGGUCUUUUAUCUCUGGAGAUAUGACAUGGAGCUUUCUGAUUCUUUUGCAACAUCUAUAUAUUUCUGGGAUUUUUUAAGGAAGCUCUGCUUCUAGGGAUACUGAGGGCUCUUCUUGGUGCACUGACCCUUUUUUUCCUCUUGGUCUGAAGGCUCCAGGGAAGCUGCAGACUUCUUUCAUGGCCCUUCUUAUUCUGAAGUAGGAAGAAUUUGAGGUAUUCAGGAUUUUUGAAAGAGGGUUCUUUGUGUUAGGUGUUAACCCCAACCUGACAGGUAGGGGUUUCAUGCACCCAUUGCCCAGGAAGGUACCAAUUCUGUCUUUGCAUUUAGACUGCUGUGAGUCUUGGUAUGCACUCAAUUCUGGCAUAGAACAUGUAGCUCCACUCUGGUUGCAUUUACAUAUCACAAGGCUUUUACGUAGAAUUCAUUAUGCUUGGAGUCACUGGCUUUAUUUAUUUAUUUACACUAAUCCAUCUGUUGCCUCUCUUUGGCCAAGUUGGAGAUCUUGCAGAGUGCAUCCUUCUUUUGGCUCUCAUAUGACUGAUUCAGCCCUGAUUCCCAGCCCUUUUCUUUUAUGUCCCCAUCCCGUAUCUUGAUGGUUUGAAGCUUUCCAUUAAUCUUCGUGUAUGUUUGUUAUUUGGCAUAGUGUACUGUCAUCUUUAUGUUAGUCGUGUGUUGGGCCUUUUUGGUAUUUAAUUUGCAUCUUUUCUUAGGCAAUAAUAUGAGGCUUCAUGGUGGGCAUUCCAUCUUCUCUUCUACCUUUUGUGUUGGUCCUUAAUGUCGGUAACUAUUGUUAUGUUUUCUUUCUUUCUUGACUCAUUGUAGAGUAUUGUUUAAUCCUUAAUACAAUUACAGUACCUUGUAUGAUUUGGCCUUGGCAAAGCAGACAUUUGUGCCGGGUAUUUCUUAUCCCCACUUUUUUUCCAACUGUUUCAAGAAUUGUUCUCCUUCAUCCAGCUCUUGCUCCUUCUGAACCUUCUUGGUCAUUGGAUCAGGCUCUGGCAUUUAGGUCCUCUCCAUGCUUCCCAGGUGGAGGCUUUUUUAACCCUGAUCCAAGGCACAACAUUUCCAAGUCAUCUACAAGAUGGUUCAGUUCAGCUAGCCUAUCUAUCUAUCCUAGCACUCAUGAUGUGCAGAAGUGUGCUGGUUUGGCAGUUUUCUUUGCUAAUGUGUCCAUGGCUAAUAUCUGAGCUCUGUAUUUUUGGGUGUCCAACACUGUGUUGGUUUCUCAUUACUUAUUGGGUGAUAGGUCUUAACUUAAUGUGCUUGUGUGGCAUUGAGGCAUUUGCUGUGUAUCUGAUGCUCUGCUACCUGAGGUCCACUGCUGUCAUUUUCCACAGGUAAAUAAGUUUUUUGUCUUUUUCAAAGAAGUCUCUUUUCUUGAGAUAUUUUUUGGAGUCAACUAUUGAGGUGAAUGCCUUCUCAAAAAUUAAGCAGUGAAUAUCAUGAAACAGCUUUUUAUGGUAGGCAUUCAGUAGCCUUCAGUGUCUGCUCUGUUCCAUUGUUCCCAAUGGGGAGUUUUGGGCUCAAUCAACACUGGUGGUUUGUAAGUGAAAUGGGUGGUAGACCAGGACCUCAGAUGACCUGAGUCGUCAUCUAGUAACAGCCAGGCACAAAAAAGUUAGGGUUGUUUGCCCAGUGUAAUGAUCAGGUGACUUGUUUCUUGAAAUACAUUUUUUUUUACGAGCAGUAACUUCAUAUAACAUCUAGCUUUUAUUUGUUAUUAAUUUCAAUGUAUUAUUUUAUUAAAUGUCAGUUUUAAAUUGAGUUGUAUAUUAGGGUUGUGUGUGUGUAGUACUAAUGUGUCUGGCUAGCAUUUAUUAUUGUCUAGCAUUUGUCUAGACAUUUAAACAUUGACAGUGACAUCUAGACAUUGUCUAGACAUUUAACAAUGUUUAGCAUUUAUUUGUAUUAGUUUCAAUAAUUAGUUAUUAAUUUUAUUUUGCUAUAAAUAAAAGUGAAAAUAAAACAAUGUUAAUUUAAUUCGUAUUUUAGUGUUAGCAAGUAUUUUAUUGUGUAUGGGUGAGAUUGUUUAUUUUAGUGUGAUGUAGAGUAGUUUCCCAUGCUUUAGUCUCUCCUCUCCCUCUGUACUCCACAGGACAGAAGAGCUGCUUCUAGUCAAUGAUGGUGUGUUUUGAGCUGUAUGGUGAGGUGGUAACCUCACUGAAGUUUUAAGUAGAUCUCUGAUUCUCAAGCACCCCUCAUUUCCAGAGAGAACCAGAUGCUGGUUCUGGCUCCCAGUAAGUUAGCAUGAAUUUCAGAGGUGUGGUGCAAUUAUUAACUCUUACUAUACUAGUGAAUAAGCACUAGGAAGCUAUAAAGGGCAUACCAGAAAUGGUUGUUUCAUUACAUUCAGUGCUUAGUUUUUGUAGGAGUGCUCACAUGUGGAACUAUUGGCACCCACAGAUUAUAGCAACAGAAAAUAAGAAUCCCUUUGAAGUACUGUACAAUAAUACAUUUCAGGCCAAAAUGAUACCAAAACCAGAAUGAUAUGUUCAUGAUUUAAAUUUAAGAACAUUAAUGGUUAGCUUUUGUUUAUCAAACAUGAUCUACAACUGGUUUUUCUAUUAUUGCAUUUUAUCUUAACUUUUUUUGUGUGUGUGUGAAGGGCAUUGUAAUUCAAGAGAAAAAAUACAUACAAGGCAUUAUACUGAUUAAUGAAGGAUUGUAACACAAAGAAUUUUUGCCUCCAUUUGAAUAUGAACACUUAAAAAAAUUAGCGACUUAAAUUGGGUGGUGUGGUACACUAAGUCCGUGAGUGAUUAAUCCUUGUUUACGUGUUUACACAAGUUAUGCAUUCCCAAAGAUUUGUUUAUAUUUAUUAAUUUUACUUUAAUUUUUCAUUUUUUUUAAAUAGCAUUUAAACUACAAAUUUUCAUUAAUUGCAGUACUGUAUGUAUAUUUGUAAACAUUUCCUCUAUUUCCUUUAGUAACUCUAUCACACUUACAAAAAAUCAUGGCCAUAUAAAGUAUGAGCAAUAUUGAUAAGUUACUCCAAAGUUUUAUGCAAGCUGACAAGGUAAACCAAAUUUGUUUAGUUUACCAAUUUAGUAUUAAGAGAUUUAGAAGAGAAGCAUAGUACUACAGUACAUAAAAUGCUUUGUUGUUUUCUUGUAUAAUUCAUUUUUAAAUCGUACUAAUUAAUGUUUUGUAAUUUUAUAUAUACCUUUUAAGGUUAACUUUUUUGCUCAAUAUUAAAAUGUUUAAUAUAGAAGUUUGCUACCAAUCUAAUAAAGGUAUAUUAUUUACCAACAUAUGUAAACUUAGAUUAAUUACAAACAAACAAUAUUUUAAUGACGUCUUACUCCUCCUCCUACUACUCCAUUUGUCCGUUCCAGAAAUGUGUUUUAUGUUUAAACCAACUCAUUAAGCUAAAGAAAGGUUCAUAAUUAAUAGAUAUUCUGGGUAAAAUAUAAUAAUAAAGGAUUGUUUGCGAGUCUACAGAACACAGCUUCGUAUUUUAUAGCACAAUAAUGAUUACAAGUAUCAUUUCUAGGAUUUAUUUCAUCUUAUUUCCCUUUCUUGGAAAUAAGACUGGGACAUAGUAAAUGCUCUCAAAUUGCAUCAUUUACUGGGGUUUUCAUUAUUUCCUUUAUAAUUGAAGAAGCCUUGCAGCAGUGUUUAAAGGGUGGAAUCUCUACUGCUUAAUAGUAAAGAACUAAAGAAGCAAGGCAGGAAAAAACAAUGUAAAAAGAAACAUAAGAAGAUGAAGAAUAAUGAAGAUAACUUAGAGUAAAUGGGAAAGUGAUCUCAGAAAAUUGUGCAUGACAUAGUAGCAAACUUUUGAAGUAAUAUUUUUAUGUAUUAAGUACCCCCUAAGAACAAAUCCACUAGGGCCGUGACGAGGGUUCGCACCUACGUCGGAGAGGAUCCCAGACGCUGCCUUAAGAGGUCUUAAGGCAGCGAGGAAGGAGUCUUAGGGAGGCUGCCCUACCACCCUAAGAGGUCUUGCCUUGAUGUAGUGAGACUUAUGGCUCUCAUAUGACUCCCUGGGCGUGUGUGUGUGUGGCCUUGCUUGGCCCCCUCGCCUGUAUGCAAAGGAGACCAACAUAGGGCUCCUGUUUAUGGGGUUGCUCAUGAGGGGGAAGCCACCCUUGGAUCCUGGCUCGGUGUCCAGGCUGGGGCAAGAUGGAGGAAUAGGUCUUUGCUCCAGUGUAGAAGAAUGUAAGAUGCAGUAAGACUACUGUUAAAAAGAGGAGGGGGGCACUGUUUGUGACUACCCUUUCUGGCAUGAGCCAGCACUCGGUCUCCCUUGGUGCCCUGGUAGUAUCUCAAGGAGUCUUGGGCCCAACCUUUUGAAAAAAUUAUGUAUAUAGAUAACAAAACUACCUCUUAAACACAGGCUCCUGGGGCAGGAGACCAAGCCAUGUGUUUGGAUUAUGUAGCUACAAUGGGCCUAAACCAGGUUACAUGUUUGGCGUACUCAAAUGAUCCUUUCUAUUUCCCUCCCACUGCCUUGGCAGGGUCAAAUCCCAAGCUCCCCAGUGGUGACUUCCUCAUCACUUGGAGUGACUCCAUCUUUAGUUGUUACAACUGUGCCUUUUACCCCCCUCUUUAAUGAGGACCACCCAUUAUAGAUGGGGUGUUGUGAAUAAUGCUCAUACUUGUGAGCAUUAUACUAGAUAUUCAUAAAGCUACACGCCUAUCAGUCUCGUGCCCCUACAUGAAUCAUACUCGUGCCUUUAUACAAGUAAAAUACCCGUGCCCUUUUAUUUAUAUAUACAAAAGUUCUUAUAUUCUUGUAAAGCCACUUGCAUGCAUAACAUUUCGAGCAGAUUUUUAAUUAAAUUAAUCUUAAUUUUUCCAUGGAAUAUGAUCCAGCAGUUCGUUUAAGAACCAGGAACCCAUUCACUGCUGGGUGAACAGAGGCUAUAGUUAAGGAUUGGCGCCCAGUUAAUCCUCCUAGGCCAGGAUACGAACCCAAGCCAAAGCUAUUAUGAAGUACCGGUCGAGUGUCUUACCACUGUGCCACGGGGGACCCUUAAAAUCAAGGAAUCAGAAGAACCACUUUUCCCUGGUAGGACUCAAACCUAGCCAGAGCCUAGAGCAACAGCUGGACAGAGGUGAGAAGGUACUGAAUCUCCUGCCAUGAUCAUUCCAGCAUCCAUUGUGAGGGCCUCGCAAUUGGGAAAUGAAGCAGCAUAAAGAAAGAGGAAAGCACCAGUUCCAGACCAAUGUACAAAUCAUGUCAAAAAAACAAAAAUCAACAUUAAAUGUAACAUUGAUAUUUCAUUAUAUUCAAUGCUGGUUCUCUAGGAAGGAGCUCCUUGUGGCUUCCUGAAGUUACUUAUCCAUGGAGAAGGAAAACAAUGGGACAUACCAGGGAGGAGGGUAUCACAAGAAGAAGCCAAGGGCCGCGACACAUGGCCCAAGGCUACACAAGUCCGACAAUAAGGAUUAACACUGACAAGAUACUUGGCUGCUAGGACCCAGUUUGACACCCAAAACCCCCCCACACCCAAAUAUCGACCCAAGACAAUAUUGGCACUAGUUUGACUCAGGAUAAAUGUAAAACUUCCUUCCUGCACUAAGUGCAGAAUGUCUGUAUGACCAGUCUGACUGUGCUUCUUUUCCAACAAAACCAGAAAGGCCCAUUUCUUAGGAAGCAACCAAAAGGGAUAGAUAGUUCAAAGAACUCUGCUUUAAUUGGUUGAAGAAUUAACUUGAUCAGAGGAUAUCAGAUAUCAAUGAAUCCAUUCUUACUCUCAUGAUCAUUCUGAAUAAAGAUGUGACUCAGUCCUAGGCCUCUAAAACUGAUAUUCAGCUUUUGUGAUAGGGCUACAUAAAACACAGGCAAUUUUAUUUUUAACAUUUUUAUUAUGAAUUCAAAAGAAAUACACACUAUACCAGAAGCACCAAAACACAAUACUGGUACUAUAUGUGGUACUCGUCUUACAAUUAGCGAGUCCCCCAGGUCCCGCAGUCAAUGUAGCUUGACAGAUACCAUGUUAAAUAGCAUGGGACUAUUGAUUAUUAGAUUCACUGGGCCAGUUCUCCAGUGUUUUGUUGGCUAGUUGGCUUUAAUUUGGCUAAAAGAUUCUGUUAAUAAUGUUAAUGAUUUAGUUACGUGUAUUUUGUUAGGUUAAAUCAGAUGAGAUUUGUUGAGUUACAGAAAACGUUCAGAAAUUCACAAGUAAUUUAACAAAAACAAUUAAUGAAAACCAAUUAAAACUAUAAAAACAAAUAUUAAAGUCAAGUUAUACAAAAUACUAAUAUUAUUUCACAGUACAGUACUAUACUGUAAUGAAUUACCAGUACGUCUCGAAAUAGUGAGAAGUACCAUUGAUCAGUAAAAGUCUUAGUAAUUUUUUUCCUGAAAAUAUGACUUUAAUCAAAUGUAUUGUGCAUCUUUUUUAUUUCUGUGUAUAUAUACACCAAAGAUAAUUUUAAGUUGUAAAGACUCAUUUAUUUCUGUAUAUACAGUACAUACAUACAUACACCAAAGAGUAAUUCCAAGUUGUUAAAGGUUAUAAGACAAUUUAGUUAAUGCAGUAAUGAAUUUUAAGAUUUAUGGUUUAUCCACAGGAAAUUUUAUCUGUAAUUAAGUUAUUCCAAUCCUGUGUAUUUUUGUAUAUACACAUAUAUAGGUAAUUGUUGAUUAUUGUACUGUACUACUGAAAAUUAAUUACAUUAGAAAUAUUAUUUUGCCAUCAUGCUGAUGGAUUAUUUUGGACAUUCACAUUGGUUAAUGAAAAUAUUCUGAAUAAUGAUGUCAACAACACACAAGUUCAACAAACAUCAGCAGGAUGAGGCAAGUUAUCAUUGGCAUUAAAUAUUUGAGCUUAGUUUACAGCUUCAGAACAACUUAAUGAUUAGUUAAUGUUAUCUAUGUUAUCUAAGCAUUCGUUCUUUGUAACUAAUAUAUCUAAAUCAUUGCCAAAAAAUUAUGUUUGAUUCUAUGAGGUAGGGCUAAUUUUGAUAAAAUAGUCUGGACUGCAUACUACAGUAUUCCUAAAUCUACCGGCAUAUGUAUUUUAAUCUAAUACAUAUUAAAUUCUUCUUUUAUACCUAGUAUGUGCAUCAAAAUUGAAAUAUUUUUCUAAAAAAUUAAACAAUUUGCUAUAAAGCAGAAGUAUUGAUAUUAAACUACAAAUGAGUAGAUCUGUACAACUAUAGCGAGCAGAAUUAGUAGCUCUUGAUAUCAUUAGUGGUACUGUGGAGGCUUGCACAAUGGUUUUGCUUACUAAUCUGAAUUAUUGCAUAAUGAGCCACACGCUGUCCUUAAAUUCUUAAAUCAUUCACAUCAAAUCUCAGUACAAUAUCUGUACUGUGAUUGCCUUUAUAUGUCUUCAAUAACAAUUUUAUUAUUGUCUCCCAUUUAAUUUGUUCUCCACUCUACUCCUUCAAAUUUAAAUUUGCCUUCAACUUAUACUAUUUAUUUCCUUUGUUUCUCUUUUAGACUAUAUUUAUCCAUUUUCUCAUUCAGCCCUCAUAUUUUUUUCACUAGGGCUCUUCUGUUUUUCACUCUACAUUUAAAAAAUUACUCUUAAAUUUUGAUAUACAGGCAUGGUUAUUACUACGACUACUACUACCUGUACUUAUAAAAGAAAAUGUAAAAGUUUUGUAUUACUAUACUAUAAUAAUAAACUUAAUCUUUUGAUUAACAAUCUCA